AUGGGCUUGGAUAUCGUUGAUGACGAGUCUGUUCAAAAUCAUGUAUUACGAAUUAUUAAUAGUCAACAAUAUACUGGUGUACUAACAUUUGCGACGUUGUCUACAGUUAUUGGACAACCGAUAGAAUCAAUAUAUCCUGAUGUCAAUGAGAAUUAUGCUUAUGGUGAAGUAUUAAACACAGUUUUUAUUCCACGAAAUAAACAGUUAUUAUCGUUCGAAACUCCAAUUCGUAUAAUGUGGUCAGGUCCGGAAAAGGAGGUGGAUCGAAUCUGGCGUCCCAAUCAUUUUACGCCCGUACUUUCUAUUCUUCAGCCGAAUUCUGCAAUCGAAACUACAACUCGUAUUGAAAGCAUGGAUGAUGAUGUUACAUAUGUUGAACCAACGGAAGUGCCACCACAAACAGUUUUACGUACGAGUAUAUCAACAAUAACGUACACAAGUCAAAUGGACGAUGAAAAAGAAAAUAAUGUUGAAACAAAAAAUGUUUUCUCCGUGCUUGAGAAAAGACAGAUUUUUCUCGAGGCGCCUGCAAUCAUUCAACAUAUGAUUGAUGCUGUCAAAGAGGGAAAAGUAUUCGAACAGCCACCAAAAAUAAUAACGCACGCAUCCAUAUUUACCGUAAAACUAACUGAAGAAAAUCGAUUAUCUAUCGGAAAAGACGGUAAUGGAAUAUGGAAACAAAUGAGUUCUUCAAGAACUUUAUUUGUAUUCAAAGAACAAGAUAAAUAUCAGAUUGUACGUUGUGACGCUUCAGGAAAAUUAUAUUAUAACGAAAGGGUAGGAAAUCGAUAUAUCUCAUGUCCGGUAAAUCCAGAUCGACUUAUUACAAUGCACCGGUUAGUAGACAUUUCUAUAUGUGUAUUGUCGCCUAGAUUAAUGAUUUUUAUUUGUAGAUAUUAUGGUACAAAUUCAAGUAAUCCCUCACUUCGUCGAAUGAUAGCUUAUUCGAGCCAAACGUUGGCAGAAGAUGAUUUGAAUAAACUGAAUCUGCCUAUCUUUUUACAGUAUGCGAUCUGUAACUAUGAUAACAUCGAAAGUCUACGACUGAAACCACAUGGUAAUGCGAAAAAAUCGGAUCGUCCAUUCACUUCCACCUUACCUUUGGUUCUCAAUCAGAUCAAAGUGAGUUCAACUAGGCAUAUCACAAUGCCAAUACAGUAUUGAUGAUAUUGGUAUUGAUAGGUAUUGAUGCCGAAUAGGGUUGACACUUUAACUUUAAAAAAAUCCAAGUUAAAGUAGAAUUUCUUUCACUAAAGAAGAAAUUUCGAAGAAAAAAAGGAGUGUUUUAUGAAGUUUGAUCAAAGGUUUUCAUGACUGAGAAAUAUGAAUUUGAUAUCAGCUUUUCGAAAUUUUGACUUUGAUUUUUUCAGAAAAAGCUUUUUUUGUAAAAGGCUUUGUUUUGUCAAAAAGCCAUUCUGUCUGUGAAAGGUUUUUUCCUUAAAAAGUCACUUUUUCACAAAAAAACUCUUUUUUUUUGUAAAAGUAAUUUUUCCUUUUUUUUUACAAAACUUUUUUUGUGAAAAAAUCAAAUUCAAAACUUCGAGGAACCGAUUUCAAAUUUGGAUUCUUCAAGCUCGAAGACUUUUGAUCGAACUUUAUAUAAAAUUGCUUUUUUCUUAAAAAACUUUCUGUAGUGGAAGAAAUUCUACUUUAACUUGGAUUUUUUAAACAUUAAAGUACUAACCCUACUCAGUACCAAUACCGAUCAAUAUCAAUAUUAGUCAUUACCAAACGUUGUUGGUAUUGUGAUAGGCUUAAGUUCAAUAUUGAAAAUAAUAAUAGUCUAAUUAUUUGAGACGUGGCCGGAUACCAUGAAUUCAGAACUCCUGGGGAACUUUGGGAACUCUUGGGAACUCUUGGAACCCUGGGAAUUCUUGAGAACUGCUGGAAACGUUGGAACCCUGGGAACUGAUAGAACCCUGGGAACUCCUGGAACCCUGGGAACUCUAGGAAUUCUUGGAACUCUUGG